AUGACCGGCACACUCUUCAACAUCUACAAGGGCCAUGGCCCAACCAGUGACAUCGAAUACCUCUACUAUGAAUAUUACACAGAGGACGGAGGAUGCCACUCGCCCGGCUCACCCUGGCUGGAGAAAUGGGUUGAACUGCCUCAAGACCGUGAUCGAAAGCUCGACACGUACGCCGCGCUCAUUUUCUUCAUUUUUGGCGUCAUCGGCUUCCCACUUUCCCUCUAUGCCUUCUACAUCAUCUACCGCAAGUGGUGGUGCAUCAACGUGGAGAAUUCGCCGUUUAGCGGGUUUGUAUUCAACAACCUGAUAACCAGCUAUCAUAUCGUUGUCUCCGAUACGGUGCGCUUCUUGUGGGCUGGGCUGACGGUUAAUCGGGAUGAAGCAACGGGCCACGUCUGCCGUGGGGGCUACUGGUUCAGUGUCGGUCAACUGGGGAUGGUUUAUACGCUCGGUUGGAACCCAGAAUUCUUCCCAAUAAUGCGGUAUGCAAGUACCUUCAUUGGAUACGUGUAUUGGGCCACCUUCGCCGUCGACCUGACCACGUUUUGGAAAAUCAGGCGGAUGGAGCAAGCGUCGCCCGGCAAAAAAGGAGGUGAUAUCCGGCUGCUAAAAAUGAUGAUGGUCGACUGGUUCUCCAAUAUCUGGAGGCUGGCCUUCCCCUGGCUAUUGACCUUGCCGGACUGGACGCACAUCUCAAUAAUUCGCAUCAUGACAAACGACGGCUUCCUGGCGUUCGAACGCAUUUCUCAGAUGGUCGUGCUCAUCGUGUUCAUGCGGCCGCAGAAGACU